AUGUCUGACAAACCUGAUGUGGCUGAGAUUAAGAAAUUUGAUAAGUCUAAACUGAAGAAGAUGGAAACACAUGAGAAAAAUCAACUGCCUUCAAAAAAAACGGUUGAACACUAG